AUCGACGGUCUAUAGACGCUCGAAUGGGACGUUCCACGCUGACAAGCCUUCGACUACGCCCCGCCGCCACCCCGAACUAUGGUUCUCUGAUGGAUCUGUAGUCCUGCAGGCGGAGGACACGCUCUUCCGCGUGCACAUGUCCGUCCUCUCCCUUCACUCCAACUUCUUCCGCGACAUGUUCUCCCUCCCGGUUCCGGGUUCAUGCGACCCUUCGUGUUCACGCCAGGCGGGGGUGAACACGAACGAGGAGGUCGACGGGUGCCCGCUCGUCGUCUUGCACGAUAGCGCCGAGGACCUCUCGAACCUGCUCAAGGCUUUGUACUAUGCUGGACCAGAGUUUAAAGAUAAUGAUCAACAGGACUUCCAGGUCGUCUCGGGGAUACUCCGACUCUCCUCAAAGUAUCUGAUAGACGCAUUGCGCGAGAAGGCGCUUGCUCACUUGAGCAAGGCGUGGCCGACUACCCUCGAGGGUUGGGACGCGAGGGAGGACCGGGCACGCUCGUACGAGUCCGAUGCAGGACCGCCCACAACAUACUUAUACCCAUCUCCAAUCGCUGUCAUCAAUCUCGCCCGAGAAGUCAACGCCCCCUCCCUCCUCCCCUCCGCCUUCUACGACCUCUCCCGCUACUCAUACGCCAAGAUUUUCGAGGCAUCCGACGACGAACUGCUGCACCGCACACGCUCGCCCCCGCUCUCGCUCCCCGACCUCCAGAAGCUCACACUCGGCAAGGAAGCAUCCCAACACGCCGUCUCCGCCCUCAUCCAGUCGCUCGGCACCUCGCCGAACAACAACAGCAACUACUACCACCAGCACGCGUCAAGCCCGUCCUCGCCGCCGUCGUUCGGGCACCGGCGCAAGCAGUCCGCGGGCUCGCGGAUGUGCGUGAGCGCAGCAGCGUGCCGCAAGGACUUCGGCGAGCUCGUCGACCUCGCGACGCAGCAUUACUUGAUGGACCGCGAACGGGGGUACUCGGACCCGCUGUAUGUCGCCGAGGAGCUCGGCCAGCUGAAGAGCGUCGAGUUCUCGGAGUGCGAGGCGUGCGCACGUAGUCUGGAGACGUGGGCGACGAGGGAGCGCGAGCGUAUCUGGAACCUGAUUCCGUUAUGGUUCAGGCUCGAACGGUGA